AUGGCUGGACGCGACCAGAAUUUGAAGCGGCCGAGGGUAUCAUAUCCCAAGAACGCGCAUGGCUCAUCGUCCCGCGUGAAACGAAGCAGAACUGCUCAAUCUACAGAUAAGGCAGUGAGCUCCUCUCUGCGAAAACGAGAGCGGAGUCUUGAAAGCUCAAGCCCAGAGCCAAUGACCUCCGAGAAACCCUUGAAACACCGUCCCAUACAGACGAUUGACUGGCGAGCGGAGCUGUGCAACCUCUUAAAUCUCGACACUGCUGUGGGUGAUAAUGACAUACUCGACGCCAAGGGAUCUGCUGCGGAGUUACUUGAAAAAGCUAGGAAUGUGGACCAAACAUUACCAGCAACGCUCGACCUUCGUAGGUGCGAGAUAAUCUAUAGCGUUUACUGCUACGAUACGGGCUCAAGGGGUUUUUAUUUUGACGAGCCCUGGGUGGUAGAGGGGGGUAAGUAUAACGCACAUCUCAGGGGUAGUAAUGUCGUUUCGAACCUCGAUCUUCAUCUUGAAAGAAACAAAGAUAUCACAUUCAUCGUUUACCGCAAACUAGAAUGCUGUGGGGGUCCAGGUCAUGACAGUUCUGACCACCAAGAUGACUUGGAGCUGCCAGGUUCAUACUCCUCAAAGUUUUUCAGAUCGGAGUACAUACAUGUUGUAUCGGACGAGUUAUCUGAGGGCUUGGAGGAGUUGGCUGACGAAGCAUUGAACAAUAUUCCGUACCCAAGCUUUGACAAGGACUUUGAGACGACUGAUAUCGCUUACCCAUACUUAUGGUGGUUUCAUCGAAGAGAGGAAAUCAAAGAUGCCAUUGAAACGCUCAGUCCAGAAUGUCAGAGCCACCUUGACGUCUUCAAACAUUACAUUGAGGGCCAGUUGAAGAAUGAGUGGGAAGCAGUAGAUUCUCUUUUUGCCGAUCACAGAAUCACAGCCGAAUACCUCCAAUAUCUAUUUAUCCCAGACGGCAUUCUCAUAUCUAAAGCUGCAGGAUCUAAGCUGCAUCAGUUGAGAGGGGUUACCGCGCUUGACUGGCUUGAUGUUAUCAAUCGUUCUGGCUCUGACUACUCAGCGACAAUCAGGGUUGGCUCAUGGAACUUUCAAGGCGGCUUUAGUCGACUCGAGGAAGAGUUUGACAUCGAUGAGCUGCCAGAGGCCGGAGAUGAUGAAUCAUUCCUUAUUGAGGACCUUUCCAUUUAUCCCAUGGAACACGCAAACCUAGAAACAGUCGAUGCUUUGCGGAGCCGCGGUAAAAUGUUUUGGAAAUGUCGACAUCGAAACUAUGUCUCCUCAUCUCGAUUCUCAGAUGGUAUACAGCCGUCGAUUGACUCUAGAUUUAUGGUUGAUUAUCGUACAUACCAGCAAAUUCACCCUGAUCAAAGCAGCGACAUAGAAGUCGACGACAUUGGGCCCGAAAUUAUGGCCAAAGAUGAUCCUCUUCUUGAGGAUGAUUUCUUCAUGUGUCUUCCAACUACCAUACCUGGAUUCAAUAUGCAAAAGAAAGAAUGGGUCAAGUUGGAUGUUGCGUUUAUCGAGGAUGUCACAUGGAACCAUCGUGCGUUCGAGCAUUUGGUCAUCGAUGAUGAUACCAAAGAGCUGGUCAAAGCCGUUGUGACCACUAAGCUAAGAGCAGACGAGAAUACUGAUCUCAUACUCGGAAAGGGAAAUGGCCUGUUUAUACUGCUUCACGGAGGUCCUGGAACAGGAAAGACAUUAACGGCUGAAAGUGUGGCUGAGAUCGCGGAAAAGCCGCUUUACCGAGUCACUUGCGGAGACAUCGGAACUAAGGCUGAAGACGUAGAGAAAUAUCUGAACACUGUCCUACUCCUUGGAAGAACAUGGGGCUGUGUGGUCCUCCUUGAUGAAGCCGAUGUAUUCUUAGAGGAACGUACUCUUCAGAGUCUGGAGAGAAAUGCACUUGUCUCAGUGUUUCUUCGAGUUCUUGAGUACUACGAUGGCAUUCUAAUUCUUACAAGUAAUCGUGUAGGGACUUUUGAUGAAGCGUUCAAGUCGCGCAUACAGCUCAACCUCCGGUACCAGAACCUUGAUGAAGCCAAGCGUGUCAAGAUCUGGCACACCUUUAUAGACCGCAUCGAAAGUCUGGAGUCGAAGCAGUGCUCUGACGGAGAAAUAGACGACAAAGAGUGCGUCAUGAGACAAAACAGUGGCAUUAACGCAGCAGAAAUCCGUUCCAAGAUUCCUGAGCUUGCAAAAACGAACCUGAAUGGACGAGAAAUUCGUAACGCGAUCUCGACAGCUCGACAACUAGCGCUUCAUCGCAAGCAGCCAUUAGGCUAUGCUCAUGUUGAUAGGGUAAUCCGCGAGGCAAAGAAAUUCGAUGAGUAUUUGAAAGAGAUACAUCAAGGGUAUACGGCAGAUGAUAUUCGUCGCGGAAGAGGGGAACGGUAG